CCCAGCACUGGUCAAGUCCAAUACAAGCCGCCAAAGACGAAUCCAAAGCUCGUUUUCUCAGCUCCAACGCACGUGCGCGGUGCUCUUUGUUAUUGUGCUCCAAUUCGGCCCCACGACAAUAUGGUCAUCCUACGCUACUACGAUGUGCAGGCCUUUGACGCGGCCGAGGAACAGAGUGUCUGGCGUCGCCUCAGGGCAGAGGAUGGCGGCCUGGCCUCCGUGCGCAUGGAGCGCUGCUUUCAUUUGGAGCACAGUGGAGUCGAGGUUGAGCACUCGUUGCCACUGGAGGAACUGCUGAUCUGGCUGGUUAAGCAACCGAUGAACAGUGGCCAAAGCCUGACUAGGCAGCCCGUCCUCCAUGCGAAGGGCGAGCGGCAGUUGCUUCUAGAGAUCGGACCGCGCUUCAACUUUUCCACUCCGUUCUCCACGAACUGUGUAAACAUCUUCCACAAUCUCGGGUACACGGAGGUGCUUCGCAUGGAGGCGUCGACGCGCUACCUCCUGACCUUCAACGAUGAUUCGACAGUGGCUCGUGAGGCGUCCAGGUUUGUCCCCCUGCUGGGAGAUCGUAUGACCCAGUGCCUUUACACGGCGAAGAACACGCCCAAGGCAAGCUUUAAUGAGCAGCUGCCGGCGCAACUAACUGACUGGCACUUUGUGUCCGUCUUGGAAGAGGGACGACCGGCGCUGGUGCGGAUUAACCAGGAGUUGGGCCUAGCCUUCACCGACUACGAUCUGGACUUUUACCACGAUCUGUUCGCCCAUAAGCUGGGUCGCAAUCCCACGACUGUUGAACUCUUCGAUUGCGCUCAGAGCAACAGCGAGCACUCUCGCCACUGGUUCUUCCGCGGACGCAUGGUCAUCGAUGGUGAGGAGCAGCCCAAGUCCCUGAUUCGCAUGAUCAUGGACACGCAGGCGCACACGAACCCCAACAAUACCAUCAAGUUCAGUGACAACAGCAGUGCCAUGAUAGGAUUCAAGCACGACACCGUAGUACCGUCCUCCGUGGUGGCUCCGGGGCCAGUGCGUCGCGUAAAUGUGGAGUCUGAUCUGAUCUUUACAGCAGAAACCCACAAUAUGCCCACGGCAGUGGCUCCAUUUAGUGGCGCCACUACGGGCACAGGCGGACGUCUUCGCGAUGUCCAGGGUGUGGGCAGAGGAGGAGUCCCAAUUGCAGGAACUGCCGGCUACUGUGUGGGAGCUAUUCACAUUCCAGGUUAUAAGCAGCCCUACGAGCCAUCGGACUACAAGUACCCAACGACGUUUGCGCCUCCCCUCCAGAUACUUAUCGAGGCCAGCAACGGGGCCUCGGACUAUGGCAACAAGUUCGGAGAACCUGUAAUUUGCGGCUUUGCAUUAUCCUACGGCCUCAACAGCCAGGCCGAUGCCAGUCAGCGGGAUGAGUACGUAAAGCCGAUCAUGUUCAGCGGCGGACUUGGCACUAUGCCCGCUGCUAUGCGGGAAAAACUGAACCCAGUUCGUGGUCAGCUGCUGGCCAAGAUCGGCGGACCCGUCUACAGGAUCGGCGUGGGAGGUGGCGCCGCCAGUUCGGUGGAGGUGCAGGGAUCCGGAGACGCGGAGCUAGACUUCAAUGCCGUGCAGCGAGGUGAUGCUGAGAUGGAAAACAAGGUGAAUCGUGUUGUUCGCUCCUGUCUGGAACUGGGCGACCAGAAUCCUAUUCUGGCUAUACACGACCAGGGAGCUGGCGGCAACGGUAACGUGCUCAAGGAACUAGUGGAGCCGGGCUUUGCAGGAGCUGUCAUCUUCUCCAAGGAGUUCCAAUUGGGCGAUCCCACCAUAACGGCCCUGGAGCUAUGGGGCGCCGAGUAUCAAGAGAACAAUGCCAUUCUCUGCAAGGCCGAAGAUCGAGAAUUGCUGGAGAAGAUCUGCCAGCGGGAACGAUGCCCCAUCAGCUUUGUGGGCGUGGUGACGGGUAAUGGACGUGUUACGCUGUUGGAGCAAGCUGCCCCCAAGGAUGUGGAGAAGGCUCUAACCAGCGCUACGAGCAGUACGAAGCCAGCUCCGUUCGACUUGGAACUCAAGUACGUAUUGGGCGAUAUGCCGAAGCGGACAUACGAGCUGAGCCGCGAGACGACAUCCUUGAAGAGUUUAGUUCUGCCCAGCGACUUGGGCCUGGAUGAUGCACUAAAGAGGGUCCUUAGUCUGGUGGCCGUGGGCAGCAAGCGCUUCCUCACCAACAAGGUGGAUCGCUGCGUGGGAGGACUGAUCGCUCAGCAGCAAUGUGUGGGUCCGCUCCAGGCCCCACUGGCCGACUUUGCCCUGACCACCGUAUCGCACUUCAACAACGCCGGUAUCGCCACCUCCAUUGGCACCCAGCCGCUGAAGGGUCUCCUCGAUCCCGCUGCCAUGGCCAGGAUGUGUGUGGCCGAAGCCCUCAGUAACCUGGUUUUUGUGAAAAUUAGCGAACUGGCGGAUGUCAAGUGCUCGGGCAACUGGAUGUGGGCUGCGAAAUUGCCCGGUGAAGGAGCCAAGAUGUACGACGCUUGCAAGGAACUCUGCCAGAUCCUGGAGGAGUUGCACAUAGCCAUAGACGGCGGCAAGGAUUCCCUCUCCAUGGCCGCCAAGGUGGGUGGAGAGACCAUCAAGUCGCCGGGCACCCUGGUCAUUUCCACGUAUGCUCCCUGUCCGGAUGUGAGGCUAAAAGUUACUCCCGAUCUUAAGGGUCCCAGCUCGGGCUCUGAGACUGCUCUGCUCUGGAUAAGUCUGGAGGAGAAAUUUAGACUGGGCGGCUCUGCUCUGGCACAGGCCUAUGCCCAGCAGGGGAAUGAGUGUCCCAGUCUGGCUAAGACCGACAUUCUGGCCAAGGCAUUUGUCGCUACACAAACGCUGCUGGAAAAGGGCCUUCUGCUGGCCGGACACGAUAUCAGCGAUGGAGGACUGCUCGUGUGCCUCGUAGAGAUGGCCAUUGGUGGACUGAGUGGCCUCGACGUGGACCUAUCGGAGCCCUUGUCGUCCAAGCUUAAGAACUUCGAUGAAGCUGCCCUUAAACUCAAUCGCCCUGAACUGGCUCUCCUCUUUGCCGAGGAGUGUGGCUGGGUGGUAGAGGUGCAUCACAAAGAUCUGGACCGCGUUCGCUCCAUCUACAAAGAGGCCGGAGUGCCGAACCACUAUCUGGGCAGGACAAAAGGAUUCGGUCUUGAUGGCUCCCGUGUAGUUAUCAAAAAGGGUUCAUCUGCGCUGCUGGAUCAGCCCCUGCGCUUGCUCUACCAGCAGUGGGAGCGCACCAGCUACGAGCUGGAGAAGCUGCAGGCUAACCCCGAAUGCGCCCAGGCGGAGUACCACAGUCUGGAGUUCCGCAAGGCUCCCCAGUAUAAGGGCCCCGCCAACCUGCAGGCCGAGCUCAUUCUCAAGCGCUCUUCCACUCCGAUUCGUGUGGCCGUUCUGCGGGAGGAGGGCGUCAAUAGUGAGCGCGAGAUGAUGUCCUGCCUGCUGCGAGCGAACUUUGAAGUGCACGAUGUGACCAUGUCGGAUCUUCUGCAGGGCACCACCACACUUUGCCAGUACCGAGGUGUCAUCUUUCCGGGCGGAUUCAGCUAUGCAGACACUUUGGGAUCCGCCAAGGGCUGGGCAGCCAACAUUCUUCAUAGUGCCCGUCUGAAGCCGCAGUUUGAGGCCUUCAAGCACCGCCAGGAUGUCUUCUCGCUGGGCAUCUGCAAUGGCUGCCAACUAAUGUCGCUUAUUGGUUUCGUGGGAGCUCCCAGCAGCACAGUGGGCUCCGAUCCCGAUGUGGCCCUACUCCACAACCGUUCGCAGCGAUUUGAAUGCCGCUGGUCUACGGUAAAGGUACCAGCAAAUCGAUCCAUCAUGCUGCAAAGUAUGAAGGAUCUGAUUCUCGGAUGCUGGGUAGCUCACGGUGAAGGUCGAUUUGCCUUCAGGGAUGAUAAGCUCAUAAACCAACUGCAGAAGGAAGAGCUGGUGACUCUCCAGUAUGUGGAUGAUGCCGGAGAGCCCACGGAACGCUAUCCCCUUAAUCCCAAUGGAAGUCCUCUGGGAAUUGCAGGUCUCUGCUCGCCGGACGGUCGUCAUUUGGCCUUGAUGCCUCAUCCGGAACGCUGUAGCUCCAUGUACCAAUGGCCCUACGUGCCACAUGACUUUGAAGUGCCAGCAUCAGGAGCGGAGAGUCCAUGGCAGCUGAUGUUUAACAAUGCCUACAACUGGUGUGUUCAAUUGGGUCAAUAAAAUCCUAAGUGAAUAAGAACUUAAAUUAAUUCAAGUACAACUUUUAACUUUUCUACAACUUGUAUACGACGUAUGUAUAACGUUAAUAAACUUUUGAUACAAAA